AUGGCUGGUUCGUUAUGGAAGGAGGCAAAACAGGCUCUUGGCGCACUUGCUGGUGUCGCGAGCCAAUAUGAUGCCAAUGGCGUCGACAUCCACUUUUUGAACCAUUACGGAAGCAUGACAGGAGUUACAGACUCCAAAGCUGUCCACGAACAAUUCGCCAACCUCCAGCCUCGCGGCCCUACCCCUAUUGGACAUCGCCUCGACAUAAUCCUCGGCGAUUAUUUCCGUGACCUGGAUGCUGCCAAAAGACAGGAGGAUGCCGGUGACUAUUUUGCGCGCAAGCAAAUCAAGCCCGUGAAUGUGAUCAUUAUCACUGAUGGGGCACCAACGGAUGAUCCCGAGAGUGUAAUAGUCUCUUUUGCCAAGCGACUCGACGCCGAUAAGUGGCCGCUUGCACAAGUUGGAAUACAGUUCGUUCAGAUAGGGAGUUCAAGACGCGCAACCCAGUUCCUCGUAGAAUUGGAUGAUAACUUGAAGCAGACACAUCAUAUACGAGACAUCGUGGAUACAACACCCUAUAUCGGUCAACUGAAUGCUGAAAUGCUCAUCAAAAUUCUCCUAGGUGGCAUCAAUCGCCGCGUGGAUACCAAGGGUGGUGCUGCGGUCAUGUAUUAG